AAACAACUUUUUAGAUAGAUAAAAAGUCAAACGAUUCUUUUCCGAUUAAUUGACUCAAAACAAUCAUUACGGGCUGAUUAAGUUAUGCCCAGGUGAAUCAAAGUCGGACUAUAACUUCUGAAAGAAUCUAUCGAUUUGGUUUAGAACGAUGCAGUGUGAAAUUCGCAACGGGUUUGACCCGACUAGAAAAAUGGAUUACGGCCGGCAUUUAGUAGAGCAUGCCCCUCAGUCCCCGAAGAUAACUGAACAGGAACCGGAUAGCGCCAUGAAUGAAGAGAUAUCGAACAUGACAGCGGACGAGCAAUCAUUAGGCUCAGAGGUUGAGGAUAAUGACAUGAACGAGUUAUCGAGUUUUGAUGAAGACAAAUUCUCCGAGGGCCCAGAUACUGACAGAGCGAAUAAAGAGCGUUUAGGAAAUGCGUCCGCGAACCCGAAAACGAUAAAGACCUACCAGUCGCAUGUAAGAGUAUUCAAAGACUGGCUGCGCUCGGAGGGUUUACCCGCGGAUUUCGAGUACUGUAGCGCGGAGGAGCUGAGCUCUUGGCUGCUCAAGUUUUAUAGAGAUGGGCGUCGCAAAGAUGGCAUCGAGUGGAAGCCAAGUUCUUUAAAAAUAAUCCGCUUUGCCAUAAAUCUCCACCUGAAAAGCCAACCAUUUAACCGCACCAUCAGUAUCACACGCGACGAGCAGUUCCGCGAGGCGAACAGCAUCAUUAAUGAACGCCAAAAGGAGCUACAGCAGCUGGGUCUUGACGCGACUGGGACGCGCGAAAGCAAAGAAAGCGCGAAGCCCCUGACGAGCGACGAUAUUAGGCAACUCUGGAACAGAGGCGUGAUUGGUAUUGACAACCCGAGGGCGUUACACCGCUUUGCCUUCAUGAUCGUCGCUAUUAACUUUGGAAUCACCGCUCGCAUCGGACUCCACCUCCUUAAGCCUUCCAUGUUCAAAUUCGACGUGGACAAGAACUCGGGGUUGCCGUACGUGCAGUAUAACCCCAGGGGGCAAGGCGCGGAUCAAAACAAGAAGGCGACUAAAGCGAACCGCCGGCUAUUUGGUAUCCCCGGGAGCCGUCAAUGCCCGGUAGCGGCACUUAAACUUUACAUCCAGAAGCGCAAUGACGAGGGGACUGAGGCGUUUUUCCACACCCCUAACCGACACUUCAAGGAGACAGGGGUGUGGUACACGCCUCAGCCGACCGGGAAGAACACCUUGGGACGACUGAUGAAGGACAUCGCAGCCGAGGGGAAUCUGCCACACCCGUACACUAACCACUCCCUCAGGUACACCUCGCCAUUCGUGCUCUUCCAGGCGGUGCAAGGAGGCUGUGGCGCUCAGGAGAGUAGUGGAUGCUACAGGGAUACAGACGAAACCGUCAAUCCGGCAGUGAAGUACUCAAUGGACACGAAGCAGUUACUGCCUAGCGUGUCGGCGCGGCCGUAUUCGCGAGUAGCCAACCGACCACCCCCUGCACUACGCAAAAUCGAAUCCAACGGGACCGCUUCCCCGACCAACACCCAGUCUCUAAAUGGCAGUAUCGUUAUCCAUCACAAACCUUCUUCCCUCGUAGCGCUGCCUGUCAACUCUAGCAUGUCACCCCCGGUGGACGCCCCGCCCCCUGCCAAGAGACAGCGCGUGUUCUCACCGCCCCCUGAGUCCUACAGAUACGGAGAGCCUACCCUAAGUCCCUCACCCGGGCCUCACAUGUCUCCGGCUGGUCCAUUUUCGAGAACUGCGCGAUUGGCCCAUCACGAGUCCCGGCCCCAGGGCAGUGGCAGCCCUAGUGCCAUAAAGGCCCACCACGUGUUAUGUGUGCCUCAGAGGUGGGAGAUGGAGGACAUCCUGAAGGUGCUGAACUCGGGGGAUGCCAUUAUCCUAUCAAGGCAUAAUCUCCGCGAGAAUAAACGUCUCGUCCCGGACCCUGUGAAGAAAGAGGUCAGCGCGGCAACGGAGUCUAAGGACGCACUAGACAAGACAAAGAAGUGUAAAGAUCUCCCUGUAAAGAAUGCUUACGAGAACAAGAAAAAUUACGUACCACAGGGCACGCAAGUCGGCAAAGGCGACGCCAAGACAGAUGUUGCUCGCGAAACACGUUCUCCUAUGAUUAGUGGUAUACCCUCUUCACGCUCGAGUCGCAAACAGACGGAGCCUAAGAAGCUUGUCAGGCCGGAGAGCGAGUACGAGCUUGAGGACGAGAUUGAGAGUGCAAUCGCGUACGACGAGGCGCUACAGGCGGUGCGAUCCAAACUCAAGGUGCUGGAGCGCCUACAGGAGGUCCACACGCCCACAAGAGAGCAGGCCCUAAACCUUCUCCACCUCAAGGAAUGCCUGGACGGAAUAGUCGAGUACGUGACCGUGAGCAGAUGCCAGCUAGCCACGCGCAGUGCCCAAGACGUGAAUGGGAGUUUUGAGAUGGAGAGAAAUGGAGUUUGCCAGAUGUAAGGGCUGGGCUUGGUUCUCUCUUGGCAGUUAUGUGGAGGUUGCGAGAGGAGUAAUUAGUGAAUCAAAUGGAGAUUAAUCGGUAGGAAGGCACAUUAUGUACGUUCUAGUAACGGCCAGACAGACACUCGAGGCGUGUUCGCAUGGGAUAUGCGCCUGCAUUAGGCAACUUACGCUUAGGCGGCAAACUAGCGCGCACUUAUUUAGCUCAGCUACUUGACCGGCGCAGUUAAUGAAUUUUCCGCACAAAAGGUCACGUGAUCUCUUAACGCAAGUCCUCUGUUGAAGCAGCAUUUCUGGUGUGCAUGUUUCUGUGAUUUGAUGGGAAGACUUUCGUAUUACCAACGAUAUUUUCUGUCGUGGCUAAAUAGGGGAAACGAUGUAAACAUGCGAGCGGGAAGAAAUGCUUCUUCAACUCUGUGCCAUUGUUUAGUCGCAGCUUAAAGAGCCUUUGCUAGCCGCCGUUUUGGUAUCCAAGCAACGUUUGAGAAAACAUCUAUUUCCUUCGGCUGAUUUAGGGAAGCUGUUGUGAUAUUUUUGAUAGGGUUUGGUAAAUGGCAUCAUGAGACUGUUUUGUUGACAUGUAUUGUUAUAGCAUGCGCACCGUUUUUGCUUGCGCGAAUCUUUGAAAUAAACGUUAUCAAAAGA